CUGUCGAGUAUUCGACUUCUUCGAUUUUUCCAACGUCUUACACAUCGUCCUCGGAGGCAACUCGGUAAACUUCGGCAAAGCUCUACCCGCGUCCAAAUGAUCCAAGUGUGCUAUCUUGCGCCUCCACUCAAGACCGUGCACCCAAGGCACCUCUUGCUUGCACCCGUUUUAUCAACUUACAACAAAAACAUGAUUCCUCCCUCGGCACCAAAUCCAGCAGGAGAUGCGGGCGUAUUGCCAGAAUUUGGAACCUUAAGUCUUCAGGAUGCGCCGUCGCCACCACCAGACGAUGCAGAUCUCGACAUCUUUACCAUGUCACGGGAAACUGCCAUGAAGCUCAUUGUACGCUCAAUAGUCGCUCUCGCAAAUGCAGCUGGUGAUGUGCCUGCAACACCACCAGUUUCUCGCCCCGGAACACCAGGUGGGAGGGAGAAUCACCUUUUGCGAAGUCACCGGCGAACGGCGUCCAGGCCUGCGACGCCUAUUCCAGCCGAAAAAGAGAAUCACCAACCCACCGAGCUAGCUCCUCCAGAAGCAAGCCAUGAUGAGCCAGUCACUAUCCACGAUAUUGGUGCUGGAGCACAGCCUGAAUCUGUGCAGCGGGCAAACAUGGCCAGGAAAUUCUACUCGAAAAGCGUGCCAAAGGUGGGAGUGGAAGAGUACAUGAACCGCAUUCAAAAGUACUGUCCACUCUCUACAGCCGUCUGGCUCGCUGCUGGCUCAUACAUGCUCCGCCUAUGUGUCAUCGACAGAAGCGUUCCGCUCACAUAUCGCACCAUGCAUCGACUCGUCCUCUCCUGCGCACUUGUAGCCAUGAAAGCUCUGGAAGACCACCGUUGGCCACAGAAACGUUUCGCUGCUGUUGGUGGCGUGGACGAGGCGUCUCUCAGCCGCUUAGAACUUUGUGUGGAGUUCCUGCUUUCGUUUGAUGUCCAGAUCUUUACUCCAGAAAAGUUGAGGGACCUGACAGUCCAAUUGCAAAAGGCGGGCCAAGCAGCUACGAUGACAUGCAGGCUGCCAUCAUCUUUUAGCCUGAAGCUAUCCACCCCGAAGCUUCGCCAAGGGCAACCUGUAUGAGUGCCCCCUAGAGUGGGUUAUGAUAUCUCCUUUGUUUGGUUUGAAUCAGGAUAUCCCAGCAGCAUGCGAUGGCGUUUGAGUAGCAAAACAUAAGCGUUCUCGAAGCGAGAACAGACUUGUACGAUUUAUAUCAGGGCAGUUUUGUCAAAGAGAUAAUGGGCGGGCUCGGACAGUUGUUAUACCCCCUUUGUCACCAUGGUCACGACAACAUGGUGGUUGUUAUGUAUAAAAAAGGCCCAGCUCCGUCAGGACGCGCGUAGGAUAGGUCACAAAAUUGAAGCGUAUGCUCUGUUAUCCCUUAAAAUUCGGGCCUAGUCAAAUAAAUUGCUAGUCACUUAUAGACGUUGCAAAAAGUACCGUG